AACCAAGGAAAGUGGGAAGAGUCUAUUUCUCCCUCGCCAAUCGCCACUCGCCACUCGCCAGUCACGCGGUGUGCUCGGCUCCGCUCAGCUGGAGGAUCAGAGCCGUUGACUCAGUGAGUGAACUCGUUCCUAGGGCUCCACGCGGUUGACCCACACGCCGUCUGUCUCAGCCCAUCCUCCAAAAGCUUCCGCUUUCUCUUGAAGGGGUUUUCGCCUUCUAAAGGUCAUUAUUGUUAGUAAUGAACGAUGAAUGAAAGGGUAGAGUGAGACGAGUUUCGAGGAACCAGGAGAGCAUUCACUAUCAGCUUCUAUAACUUUACCUAUUUUCUUAUGUCUAUUUACAUUAUAGAGAGAGAUUCUUUUUUUGUGGUCUGUAUAAUAAUUAAUAAUACAGUUGCAAUAGUCAUACGAUGAUGCGGAUGGUAAGGGGGAUUGAGUUUCCAAAUUGAUUCCUAUGAUUGCAUAGAGAGAAGUCAAGUGAUAGAGACAACUGGACAUUGAGCUUUGAGGCAUGUGUAGAACCAGGGGAAAGAGUUAUAUUAGGUAGAUUAAACACUCCUCUCACAAAAAAAAAGUGGGGCCUAUAGUUGAGCUGGUGCAGCAGUUCUGCUCGGAGUAUCUAUUUUCCUCAAAUGUAGGAAAAAGCAGCCAUGUUUCUGAAAGUACAAUUGCCCUGGAACGUUGUAAUCCCUGCUGAGAGCUUGGAUAUGAAAGGGUUGAUGCUCCAAAAGUCAAUUGUUAUCCGCUUGCUGGAGGACUUUGCAUCAAGAAAGGCAACCAAAGAUCUGGGCUACUAUCUCGCUCUCACAACUCUGGAGAGUGUUGGAGAGGGUAAAGUGAGGCAGCAGACUGGGGAUGUUCUGUUUCCAGUUGUUUUUAGCGCGGUUACCUUCAAGCUUUUCAGAGGAGAGAUUGCUGAGGGGGUUGUCCACAAGGUUCUGAAGCAUGGAGUUUUCCUGAGUUGCGGCCCGGUUGAAAACAUGUAUCUCUCAAAGAUGAAGAUGCCGGAUUAUAAUUAUGUGCCGGGGGAGAAUCCUGUAUUCAUGAACAGCAAGAUGUCAAAAAUUGAGAAAGGCACGACCGUACGCUUCAUUGUUAUCGGGACUAAGUGGCUUGAGGCACAAAGGGAAUUUCAGGCUUUGGUUGGCUUGCAUGCAGAUUAUCUCGGACCGGUUUCUUAGAUUGGUUCCCCUUUUGUAAGCAAAUUAGGAAAGUGGUGUUCUUUUCUUAUCAUGACUUGGAAAUGUACAACUUUAGCAAUGCUGGUGAUUGUUGUUGACCUUGUUACUGUAACUUUGGUAUGUUAAUAUCGUUUUGAGUAA